AAUCUGGGGUUGAGUCUUUCCUCUCUCCGUAGCAGACGGCUUGCACAGCACGCUAGGGCUCAAACACCCGCUGCUGCGCUCUUGCAGCUUGUCAAGAUGAAAACAAUUUCGUUGGCAGGUGCCAAGCGGGCGGGCGAGGCAACCAACAAGGCUUUGCGCAAGCUCUUCGGCCGCCAGAAUUCAUCAAAGGAAGGAGCAGCUUCAGCUGAGGGGGAACAGUCCGGGUCAGAGCUCACCCAGGACUCACCUCAGCCUGACAAGCAACUCGUACGGGAUCACAACGACGAUACCGGUAUCAGCAGCAGCGCCCAGCUGGCCAGGGACGUGAAACCAGACGAAACCGAUGACACAAUGAGGGUCAAUCAGAAACCUCUUCCUCCCAUCGCAACGCCCGACUUGCGGCAACUGCAGAACAAGAUGGCGGCAUCACAGCAGAAGCCUACGCCUGUUGGCAAGGAGAAUCAACCACCUGCUGCUGCGUCUGUCGUCAGCAAAGAAUCCCAACCACCCGCACAGCUCAUUGAAGAUCUCAUCGAUCACACCAAGCGCCUUGGAGUGACCGAGGUGCAACAGCCCGCCCUCGAAGAGUCCAAGCCCGAGGAACCAGCCCUUCGGCCGCUGACACCCGAUGAGCUGCUGUCAGAAGAGGAGAGGGCGUACCGAGCGGAUAGAAGGAAGCAUCUCGUGUUCAUCGAGGAGGCGCUCGAUAUGGCCCGGCUCGCCCUCAGGAUCAACGAGACGCCCGUAGGCUGCGUGCUUGUUCACAACGGUCGGAUCAUUGCCCGGGGCAUGAACGCGACCAACGUAACCCGCAACGGCACACGACAUGCGGAGCUCAUGGCACUCAACGCGCUGCUCUCGAGGCCAGGCAAGACCGGUCCGCUCACGACAUCACUGAAGCCCAAGGUCGAGCGCAACGACGAAGACAGCGACGACGGCACCUCGACAGCGGCCACACUGCAUUACGAGGGUAACGAGGAUGGAAAGAAGGGACACUUGUAUCCCUAUGGCCAGAAGGAGAUUCCCGACGAGACCUUUGACCGGAGCAUCAUCAAGGAGUGCAUACUGUAUGUUACGGUCGAGCCGUGCGUCAUGUGCGCGUCGCUGUUCAGGCAGCUGGGGAUCAAGAAGGUGUUUUUUGGUGCCGUGAAUGACAAGUUCGGCGGCACUGGUGGUGUGUUCAGCAUUCAUGCCAACUCGCUCCCCGUUAGAGAAGAUGGGCAGACGGCAAGUGCGCACCCGGCACCACCUCCCAUGCGUCUACCGGACGGCAAACAAGUACUGGGGCUGUCAUUCCCACCUGGUGGUGGGGAUGGCGGCAACGUCGAGCCAGGGUACGAGAUUGAGGGCGGAUGGGGACGCGACGAAGCCGUCGCGCUUUUGAGACGUUUCUAUGUGCAGGAGAAUGGGCGGGCCCCGGUCCCACGCAAGAAAGAGGGCCGUGCGGCACGUCUGGCAGCUAUUGAGGGCGGCGAAUUAGACGGUGCCUCCGUCAACUCAGGCUCUGGCGUUGGCGGCAAUGGGACAAUGGCUGAUGAGGACGAGGACGAGCGUGUCUCCGGGUAUGGUGUUUCUGGCAAGAAUGGAUCCAUGGAGGACUUGAACUCGCCAUCUGGUGAUGGCACCGCCCUCGGAGACGCGAGCGCCGGCUGGAAGUAGAGUGUCUGCGCUUGAACUCGCUCAAGGGAGAAGUGGAUGGGUUGUACGAAUAUGGUAGAGGCAUAGACGUGGGCGAGGUAGAGACGCCGAGAUGGGACCCAGGGACAUCCAUAUCUUGAGCAUUGUCAGAUCUAAUUGAAGCAACGGCCAACAUCGGCGUAUGUCCUUUCGUUAUCAAAUGGAGAGGAAGCCAAUAAUGUCAGUGUCGUUCAUUCAGCCCAUUUCGUGAUCAUCGACAUCCAUAAAUGCAUGCUGUUGAGCCGCACUCCUGCCUCAAGUCGUGAGUCCUGACCCCUGACCCACCCACACUUGUUCAGGUUGACUGGGCCGUUCUUCAGGCGGCUGCCUGAUAUCCAACGGCAAGAGCCGACAGUGACCGGCCGAGUAAACAUUAGUCCUUCCUCAGUUUCCCAGAAGACUGGAGGCAGCGA